CUUGUGAAUUUUUUUACUUAUUUAAUAGGUUAAGAAUAACAAAGGCAAUGAGCCUUUAACUUAUAUUAGUGCAUACGGAGUUAGAAUCAGGGGAAAGCCGGCAGCAAGUAUAGGAUCCCCUUUGGGUGAUGUUGGAAAGGGGAAAGAAGCAAGCUCUGGUAAGAACGUGGGAGUGCCGAAAGAUGAUCAGACGGCUAGAGGGACUGAUGCAGUGGUACUUCAAAAGAAGACAAGUUCAGGUGGUGAUCGUUUGCCACUAAUCCCAGUUAACUCAAAUAUCAUGACUGGAACAGCACGUAAUACCAUCACUUCAAAGAGGACAAUGUUGGCGAAAGGAGCAAAAUUUCGAUCACCAUUUUGUCAAAGGGAAAUUUCAACAACGAAGAAUCUAACCAAAUGUGAGAAGGAGUUGGGUAUAUACGCUAUGUACAAAGACACGCGUGAUUGGAAGGAGGUAUUGUUCGGAUUCAAAGAUACAGAGGUUAAUCGUUUUAACAUGCUAUCAAUGAGGACGGGUUCCCCAAUAGCGAAUGAUAUUGUGAACGCGUGGGCAAUUAUACUGAACGAUAGAGAAAAUUUUCGAUCAGAUUUGUCUCCAUUGCGAUUUUUUGCCAGUACCAAUUUAUAUAUGGACUGUAUUGAAGCCAAUGGAAUAUCAUACGACAAUCAGAGAUCCACAUUCUUUAUUUUGAUGACCAUGGAGAUACAAGAGUACCACCAAAACAAAAUAAACCUCAUAGAUAUGUACUUUUUCCCAGUAUACAGAAAAGGUUUAUACUAUGCCGUGUGUGUGGAUCUUCGGAAGGGACGUGUGUUUGUGUUGGAUAGUGCACUGGACAUUACUGCUAAUGAAGAAAAUGACAUAUAUGAGGAAGUGUGCAAUACUUUUAAAAAACUUUUGUCGGAUUUACUAAAAUACAAUAAUGAAGAGCAGAAAGCAAAGAUAGUGAUGAAUUCAAAGAUGCAUGUUGUGAAGAUGAAAUGGGCAGAUCCACAUAACACUAUAGAUACUGGCUUGUAUCUAAUGAGGCAUUUGGAGAUGUUUAUGGGCGACGCGAGUGCUAGUUGGAAGUGUCAGUUCUUAUCGACACCGCAAAGACAGUUGUGGAUAAUGCAUGUACGUUAUGGUGCGGCAAUGAUCAAUUGGGAUGGCAAUAAAGUGAAAGGGAAUAUUGUGGUUCAAGCAUCAAGAGUUUAUCAGGACUUAAGUAAAAAGCCAGAGUUCGACGCCGACAACCUGUUGCUUAAUUGAUUCUAUUAUGAUUCUGGUUUUCGAGAAAUUUUAUUUUUCAAUUAAGUGUGCAAUGACUCAUUAAAUUGCACUGAUUAUUCUUUGUUUACACUUUGUUUACAGACUGCCACUUUGAUGUUGAAUUUGGUUUUGAUACUCACUAUUUUAAAAUAUGAAUGGAAAAGAACUAUUUAUU